AGUUUCGUACGAGAUGUCUAGCAAGCCGGUCCUAUACACGCACAUCAUUAGUCCCGCUGGCCGUGCGGCCGAACUCACCAUCAAGGCAUUGAACCUUGAUGUUGAGAUUAGGGAAAUGAAUGUCUUCAAGGGUCAGCAUAUGAACGAUGAGUUCAAGAAGCUAAACCCGGUCCAAACGAUCCCAACGCUCGAUGAUAAUGGGUUUCUGGUGUGGGACAGCCACGCUAUCAUGAUUUAUCUUGCCCGUCGUUACGGUGCCGGUACGGAUCUGUACACGGAUGACUUUGAGCAGCAGGCACGUAUCAAUUCGGCUCUGUUCUUCGAAAGUUCGAUCCUAUUCGCCCGGUUGCGCUUCUGUACGGAUAAUCUGACCGUGCUGGGUAAGAGUGCUAUCCCGGAGGAGAAUCUGCAGCGUGCGCUGGAGGGUUUGCAGCGGUUGGAGAGCCUGCUGCAGUCGGAUUACGUUGCCGGCGAUCAUUUAACGAUCGCCGACUUGAGCUGUGUCAGCAGUGUUACUACGCUGCAUCUGAUGUUGAAGCCGUCGGUGGAAGAUUUUCCGAAAACGUUCGCUUGGAUCGACCGGUUGAGCAAGCUACCGUACUAUGGGGAAGUUAUGGGUCGUGGGUUGAAAGCUGCCGGCGAGCUGAUGCAAAUGCUUGGUGAAAAGAAUAGUGCGAAGUAA